CUGGCGGCAAGAUCCCCAUUCAUUAUCAUAAUAAAAAGAGCAACACCCUCAAACAUAUUCUGAGUAGAAGAAGAAGAAACAAAUAGUAACAAUGUCAGCCCCCAACGCCAAGUACUCGGGUGACUACAAUCCCGACGUGGUGACACCGUAUGGUCAAGGCGAAAAGGCACUCCCGCCCAAGCAAAACUACAGUGGAGAUUACAAGCCCGAAGUUGUAACGUUGUUUGGUCACAAGGAAGAAAAGAAAGCUCGUGGAAAAUCGCCACCACCCAAAAAGCACUACAGCAACGACUACAACCCUGCCGUCGUCACCCUCUUUGGAAAGAAGGAAGAAACCGCCGAACGAAAGGAACCAAAUGUCAAAUACUCACAGGAUUAUGAUCCUGCCAAAGUGACUCUCUAAACAGACACACAAAAGCAAACAAAAGCACAAGCACAGGCGAAGACAAGAUGACAAAAGAUUGGUGUUUACUUUUUUAUUGGAGAGCCACCG